AUGGCCCAGACUAUGGCCGCCGCCUCCGAGCUGGUCACCCUGAAGCGCCCGUUCGGUGGCAACGACGGGUUCGGCGACGGCAGCAACGGAACCGUCGCCGACGAGAAGCCCAAGGCGCGCCGCCGGGAGGCGGACCCGGCGGCGGCGCUGGCCUCGGCGCGGCACGAGUUCGGCGAGCACGGCGGCGUGAACAUGUCCAUCGAGGCGUCGGCGACGUUCACGGUGAUGGAGCCCGACACCAUGCGGCGGCUCUUCGCGGGCGAGCUGGGCCCCGACCGCGGCGACAUGUACAUCUACAGCCGGCACUUCAACCCGACGGUGCUGGCGCUGGGCCGGCAGAUGGCGGCGCUGGAGGGGACCGAGGCCGCCUACUGCACGGCGUCCGGGAUGUCCGCCAUCUCCGCCGUGCUGAUGCAGCUGGUGGGCGCCGGCGGCCACGUGGUGGCGUCGCAGUGCCUGUACGGCGGCACCCACGCGCUGCUGGCCCGGUUCCUGCCGCGCACCUCCGGGGUGCGCGCCACCUUCGUGGACGCCGACGACGAGUCCGCCGUGCGCGCCGCGGUGGUCCCGGGGGAGACGCGGGUGGUGUACGUGGAGACCAUGUCCAACCCGACGCUGGCCGUGGCCGACAUCCCCAUGCUGGCGCGGGUGGCGCACGAGGCCGGCGCCAAGCUUGUGGUGGACAACACCUUCACCCCCGUGGUGGUCUCGCCCGCGCGCCUCGGCGCCGACGUCGUCGUCCACAGCGUCUCCAAGUUCAUCAGCGGUGGCGCCGACAUCAUCGCCGGCGCGAUCUGCGGGCCGGCGAGCCUGGUGAACGCGAUGAUGGACCUGCAGGACGGGGCGCUGAUGCUGCUGGGCCCCACGAUGAACGCCAAGGUGGCGUUCGAGCUGUCGGAGCGCCUCCCGCACCUGCCGCUGCGGAUCCAGGAGCACUCGCGCCGCGCGCUGGCGUUCGCCACGCGGAUGCAGCGGCUGGGCCUGCGCGUGCUGUACCCGGGCCUCCCCGACCACCCGCACCACGCGCGCCUGGCCGGCGUGGGCAACCCUGGGUACGGCUCCGGCGGGAUGCUGUGCCUCGACAUGGGCACCGAGGAGCGCGCCAACCGCCUGAUGCACCACCUCCAGAACACCACCCAGUUCGGCCUCAUGGCCGUCAGCCUGGGCUACUAUGAGACGCUCAUGUCCUGCUCCGGGAGCAGCACCAGCAGCGAGAUGCCGCCCGAGGACCGCGCGCGCGUGGGCAUCUCCCCGGGCCUCGUCCGCAUGUCCGUGGGAUACAACGGCACGCUGGAGCAGCGCUGGGCGCAGUUCGAGCGCGCGCUCGCGCUCAUGCAGCCGCCGACGCCGCUGACGCACCACCUCAACCUCAAGGGCGCCGCCGACCGCGACGGCACCGACGCCGCCAGCAACAACCACCGCAAGCACUGA